AUGGCGUACACCAACGUCGCAAGCUGCGUGAUAUCGAUCGUAGGAUCCUUCAGUAACGGUCUAGAUGUAUUCAAGAAGCUUCGAGACAAGAGACGGAGGCGAAAGCGGUCGAAGAAGCUGGAUAAAGUGGACGAAGAAGAGUUGAGCCUGUCAAGAUCGUUGCGACAAGGGCCCGAGGACAUAGCGCGAGAGUACCAGAGGAACGUGUAUGGGGCAGGGCAAGACUUUGAGAUUGGAGACGCCAUCGCACAGACAAGCCUGGCCGAGAUCAUCCUCAGGCUAAACACUGGCCUGGUCAGCAUCAUCUCAUCCUUCCUGAGCAACGACAAGAAUGGCGUGCAGCUGGACUACCAGUCGCUCACGGAUCUCUCUGAGCGCUCUCGAGUCGAUACAUGUCGCACACUCAGGCAUUUGUUCAUGCGCAUGGCACGUCUAAAGCGACCAUUGGCGAUCGCACCUGAGGACCGGCAGAACACCGAUAACCGGGUCGCUGCUCCAAGAGGGCGGGAACAUGCUCCUAAGAAGCAGCGCGCGCCUCCAACCAAGUCCGCUAAAGUUCGUGGUCCGAUGAUCGCGCAGGUCGUGAUCGAGAACUCGUCGAAACCUUCGCAGAUAGCGUUGGUCAGGCCUGGCGAGCGGAGGAAGAAGUCAAGCUCGGGGUCGUCAUCACACUCGAAGAGCGCCUCUGAGUCUUCGACAGCAGUCUCGACGCCAUUGGCGACGCCACCGCCCGAGUACGCAGCCUUUGACACUGUUCCUCAAACCUCGAAGCGGGAGAAACUGGCGUCUGAGCGGCCCAAGGCUCGUCGUCAGCAGUCGAUCGGUGCCUUCGAGAGCCAACCCAUCAUGUCGAACGUUGGUGGUCGAAGGGCAGCCCAGUCGACGCCUCGCCUGCAAUCAACCCUGCCACCUACUUUCGAGCCCAUGCCUCCAAUUCCAAACAUGGCAGCAGUCUCAAGUGCUGACCUUCCCCCGAGGCGACGAAAGCCAACACCGACCUACUACUCAGUUGCAUCGGAUCAGACGAAGAUCGGCGAGAUACCUCUCCAUAAGUGGGCUGAGCCGUAUGACUUCGACCGGAUGUCCAUCCUCAAUAGGGAGGCUUACACCAAUGGCUGGCCAGUCAAUCAGCUCGCUUGCAACAACAAUCAGAAGAAGAAGUUCGGCUUUGGGCGGUUGUUUGGGAGGAAGGGCUGA